AUGGCUCCUGGGCGUAAAAGAGGAGCGAGCAAAGCCAAGGCCAAGGGGCAAUUGAUUCUCGGUGAUCUGGUCCUUGCCAAAGUCAAAGGCUUCCCUGCUUGGCCUGCUAAGGUCAGCCGGCCUGAAGAGUGGGAUCGUGCGCCAGACCCAAAGAAGUACUUUGUUCAGUUCUUUGGAACACAGGAAAUAGCUUUUGUUGCGCCACCUGAUAUCCAAGUCUUCACUAGUGAGGCAAAGAGCAAACUAUUAGAAAGAUGUCAAGGGAAAACAGUCAAGUACUUCGCACAAGCUGUAAAGGAGAUUUGCUCCGCGUUUGAGGAGUUGCAAAAUCACAAGUCAGAUGUUUUGGGCAAUGAGGAUCACGAAGUUACUGAGUCUGAUGGAACUGAUACCUUUGAUUCUAGGGCUGAUCCUGGCCUUUCCAAAGUAGAUAAGAAUGAUAGUGGAGAGACUAAGGCUGAUACAGGGAAGCGAGAUUCAUCUCCAUUUCUGGAAUCAAAGAUCACAACCACAUCCUCUGGUAGCGAGUCACUGGAGCAUGAUUCAUAUGACCCGAAGAUAAAGAAGGAAGAUUUUGAUAAAGGAACUGCCGGUGAUGGUUGCACUGAACAUUUUGGUAAUGGCAAAAAGAAUCUGGCCAACGGUAAGAGAGUAAAGAAGGAAGCAGGAGGCUCAGACAGAAAAGGUGAAGAUACAGAUAACUCACAUGUGCCUGAUGGUCGAGCUGCUAGUGGUAAAUCUGAUUCCAAAAAGUCAAAAGGUCUAUUGACAGAGAAAUCUAGCUCCAAAGUGUCCGGAGGUAAGCAUGAAAAUUCAACUGGCAUCAAGGGUGGGGUUUCCAGCAAGAAAAGAAGGCUUGGAAGUGAAUCAGGGAAGCCUGGACCAAGAGAAGAUGAAAGCUCACGAGCUGCUAAAAAACCACGAUGUGAAGGUGCGAAUGAUAAAGAAAAGUGUGAAGUUGAUGAUGAAUCUGAUUCUACUGGGGCUGUAUCAGAUAUGAAGCGUGAAACUGUUUUAGGAUUAAGUGCUCGUGGAGGAAAUUUACAAUUUGAGAAAGAAGUAGUUGCAUAUACAAAGCGCCGCAGUCAAACAGAUGCUACCUCUCCUUCUCCUUCUUUUUCUGGGUCUCUUGAUAAAUCUGGGAAAGGCCAACUGGAACAGAAAGAUCGCUCGCCUUCUGUCAGUGAGAAAUCCGGGAAAGGUCUUCCGGAACAGAAAGACCGUUCCUCUUCUGUUAGUAACGUUAAGGUUCCAGCUGCACAGUCGCUAAGAAAACGGAGGGCUGUUUGUAUCUAUGACGAAGAUGAUGAUGAAGAUCCGAAAACCCCAUUACAUGGAAGACAAGCCGUUACUCCCAAAGCGACAUCAGUUUUGAUUGAUGGUCCUAAAAGUGCUAAGGUAUAUCAUGAUACUUCUACUAAAACUAAGAUAUCUGCUGGAUCUACAGAGAGUACUGGACUAAGGAGAGUACCUCUCCGUAAACAUAGUGAGGAUGCUUCGCGUGUGAUGUCCGAUAAUGUGCAGAAUUCUACUAGCUUACCCAUGGUAAAAUCCAUCAAUGAAUUGCAGCCAAAAGGUGUCAAGCAGAUCUUGCGAUCUCCUAAGAUGUCUCCACAGCUGGUGCCAACUAACAAGCACGUUGCAGGACAGCAUAAAGCUGCAAAAUCAUCUGUCAAAGUUUCUGGUGUUGUGAUGGCAAAGAAGCUUCAGAGUGAUUCUUGCAAGGAGGCAGUUGCGGGAUCUGAUAAAAUGAGCUCUUCUCAAUCUCAGCCAGCAAACCAGAGAAACAAACCAGCUUCAGUUGGAGAGAGGCCAACAGUGGCGUCAAAGGCUGUGGUACGUUUGAAUGAUGCUGGUAUUUCAAGAGAGACAUCUGAGGACUUGUCGGCUGCCAUGAUUGAUCUCAGUCGAGAAAAUUGGAGUGCCUCGUUCAUCAGUGCGAGGACCUCGGAUUCGGCUGCAUCUAUGAAGGACCUAAUUGCAGCUGCGCAGGCCAAAAGAAAACUAGCACAUUCACAAAAUUCCAUAUUUGGGAAUUUGAACCCUAGUUUCUUAAGCAUUAGUGAUACACAGAUGAGGAGCCAUAGCCCAUUUAUGGUUCAGAAUGCUUCAGCUUCCGCUGCCCUCGCAAUGCCUUUAGUUGUUAAUGGACAUCAACAAGAGUCUUCUCCAUCGAAUCAUGGGCAUCAGUCCUCAUCAAGAAAUCAAAAUGAGACUGAUGAUAAUGAAGAAAGAAGACUUAGUUCAGGGCAUAAGUCAGUUGGAGGUUCGCUUAGUGGUGGCACCGAUGCUGCUGUUUCUCGAGAUGCUUUUGAGGGCAUGAUAGAGACCUUAUCAAGAACUAAGGAAAGUAUCGGACGUGCAACACGCCUAGCAAUUGAUUGUGCUAAGUAUGGGAUUGCUAGUGAGGUGGUGGAACUCCUUAUACGAAAGUUGGAAAGUGAACCUCACUUCCAUCGUAAAGUGGACUUGUUCUUUCUUGUUGACUCUAUCACCCAGUGCUCGCACAAUCAAAAAGGUAUUGCUGGAGCCUCAUACGUUCCUACUGUGCAAGCUGCUUUGCCACGUCUUUUAGGUGCUGCUGCUCCUCCAGGGACCGAUGCUCGUGAUAACCGUCGUAAAUGUCUGAAGGUUCUGAGGUUGUGGCUUGAUAGGAAAAUUUUCCCUGAAUCCCUUCUGCGUCGUUAUAUUGAUGAUAUUGGAGCUUCUGGUGAUGAUGCAACUGUUGGGCUUUCCCUUCGACGUCCUUCUAGAUCUGAGCGUGCUGUAGAUGAUCCACUCAGGGAAAUGGAAGGAAUGCUUGUUGAUGAGUAUGGCAGCAAUGCAACUAUUCAGCUGCCUGGGUUUUUUUCUUGUCAUUCUUUUGAUGAUGAUGAAGAAGAUGACGAUCUUCCAUCAUCAGAAAGAGCAAAAAACACAUCUGCUGGGGAACCUUUCCAUGCUUUAGACGACUUGGAAAUACGUGAUUCGUCGGGUGAUAGACGCCAUCGAGUUUUGGAGGAUGUAGAUCGUGAACUUGAAAUGGAAGAUGUAUCUGGUCAGGGUAAAGAUGUAGCACCUUCCUCUUUCUGUGAGAAUGAGACAAAGAAGCCGUCACUGGAUGUGAGGGGACCAGUUGCAGAAAUGUCAACUGAGGUGCCUCCUCUUCCAGAGGAUUCUCCUCCGCUGCCUCACGAAUCACCUCCAUCUCCUCCACCUCUACCUCCUUCUCCCCCACCUCCAUCCCCACCUCCUCCGCCUUCAUCUCCGCCUCCAUUGCUGCCACCACUACCCCCCGCAGCGCAAUUCCCACCUCUUCCUCCACCUCCAUCUCAGCCUCCACCACCACCGCCCCUUUCACCUCCACCUUCACCGCCACCACCACCUCCACCGCCUGCACAAUCUAUAGCUUUACCACCAUCAUUAACAAAUCUACCAUCCAUACCUAGCCAUAAUCAGUUACCCCCUCAACUAGGAUUUCCUCCUCCAGCAUAUCCACUAUCACAUCAAGCAUACCCAGGAUCUAUGCAGCAAGACCGCUGUAAUAUUUUCACUGGUGAUCAAAUCGUCCAAGGGCCUGGAAGUUCUUUACGUGGAAGUCAUGUUGAGGGUGCUGGAAAAUCCGAAUUCUUCGUGCAGCAGCCACCUAGUUUUUCUCCGGCAGGAGUGUGCAGCUCCAGGGAACCUCCGGCAUUUACUUCCUCCAGACAACUAGAAUUUGGGAACAGCGAUCAACGGUUUCAGCCAAGCACCCCUUUGUCCCAAAGACCUAUGGUCAGAAAUCUGUCUUCAGCACCAUCCAGUCAUUAUUCAUAUCCAAACCAUGUUCAACCACAGUCCCAGCAUUCCUACACUCAUCCUUACUCUUACCCACCUCAACGUGAUGAUGGACGGCGAUAUAGAAACGAGGAACCAUGGCGGAUGUCUUCAAGUGGACAUAGUGCUGAAAACCAGAGUGGUGCCUGGAUACCUGGAAGAAAUUCACAUACAGGCCAUCCUAGAGUCACAGACAGUUUCUUUCGGCCACUUCCAGAACGUCCACCUUCAGGGACAAUGAGCUAUCAGCCUUCCGCUGCUAGUAACUUACAAGCUGUCCCGGCAAUUCCAGGUCAUGCUGCUUCCCAGAUGCUACCAUCUCGGCCAGAAAUGCCUACCACUAAUUGUUGGAGGCCAGCUUGA